CUAACUUUAAACUGCAACUUCUAGUAGAAGAACCCAUUAAAGCAGCUGAGAUGAAAGAGGUUGGUUAGUUAGCUCAAGAUGGCCAAAGUAGAGGAGGAAGUCAUUGAAGCUCACGUCAAACAACUCCUUUCUCGUAUGACUUUGAAAGAGAAGGUCGGCCAGAUGACCCAAAUCGAGAGCCAGGUCGCCACCCCAGCUGCCAUUAAAGACCUCUCCAUCGGGAGCAUAUUCAGUGCUCCGGGCAGCUUGCCGGUUGAGAAUGCUUCUCCGUCGGACUGGUCGGAUAUGGUAGAUGGGUUUCAGAGGUCAGCGCUGGAGUCUAGGCUUGGCAUCCCCCUCAUAUAUGGGACUGAUGCGGUUCAUGGGAAUGGUAAUGUGUUUGGUGCCGCCAUAUUCCCUCACAAUGUUGGUCUUGGCGCCACUGGAGAUGCAGAUUUGGCUCGAAGGAUUGGUGUGGCAACUGCUCUUGAAGCCAGGGCCUGUGGCAUUCACUAUACUUUUGCUCCCUGUGUGGCUGUGUGCAAAGAUCCCAGAUGGGGAAGAUGCUACGAGAGUUACAGUGAAGACACAGAAAUUGUAAGCAAGAUGACUUCUAUUGUUUCAGGCUUGCAGGGGCAGCCACCCCAGGGAUACCCAAAGGGCUACCCUUUUGUAGCAGGAAGAAACAACAUUAUUGCAUCUGCCAAGCAUUUUGUUGGAGAAGGGGGAACAAAGAAAGGUGUCAAUGAGGGCAAUAAUAUAUCCUCUUAUGACGACUUAGAGAGGAUUCAUAUGCGCCCUUAUCUAGACUGUAUUUCUCAAGGAGUUUCCACUAUUAUGGUGUCCUAUAACAGCUGGAAUGGACAGAGACUACAUGGACACAGUUUUCUCCUCACAGAAAUCUUGAAAGAUAAGCUAGGUUUUAGGGGAUUUGUGAUUUCUGACUGGGAUGGAAUUGACCAACUUUGUGAACCUGAAGGUUCAAACUAUCGUUUAUGCAUUUCGUUAGCCAUUAAUGCAGGAAUAGACAUGGUCAUGGUUCCUUUCAGAUAUGAACAAUUCAUUGAGGAAUUAAUAUAUCUUGUGGAAUCUGGGGAGAUACCAAUGUCCAGGAUAGAUGAUGCUGUUGAGAGAAUACUAAGAGUGAAGUUUGUUGCUGGUCUUUUUGAACAUCCCUUCACUGAUACAUCUUUGCAGGACAUAGUUGGUUGCAAGAUGCACAGAGAUUUAGCACGUGAAGCAGUUCGGAGGUCAUUGGUUCUUUUUAAAAAUGGAAAGGAUCCAAUGGAACCUUUUCUUCCCUUAGAAAAAAACGCUAAAAGAAUACUCGUUGCUGGAACUCAUGCCGAUGAUCUUGGAAAUCAGUGUGGAGGGUGGACAGCUACAAAAUAUGGUAGCAGUGGAAGGAUAACAAUUGGGACAACCAUCUUGGAAGCUAUUAAGAAGGCAUUUGGAGAUGAUACAGAAAUCAUUUAUGAGAAGUAUCCCUCGACAGAGACCUUAGCACGGCAAGAUAUCACUUUCGCGAUUGUAGCUGUUGGUGAAGCUGUUAAUGUGCAAAAUGGUACCAAAUAUAUGGGAACAUAAGCAAGAGGAGUGAGAUGCCGCUCACAAGCAAUCUGGUAGUGGUAUUAUUCAACGUUUGGGGUAUAGACUUCAUGGGUCCGUCUCCAUCAUCUUAUGGGUACAAUUAUAUCCUUGUCGCUAUUGAUUACGUGCCUAAGUGGAUUGAAACGAUUGUGACCAAGACUAGUGAUAGCAAAAUUGUGAUGGGGAGAGUCACUUUUGCAAUGAGUCUUUUGAUGCAUUUGUUGAAAAAGUACAAUAUCACCCAUAAGGUAGCAACUCCUUACCACCCUCAAACAUUGGGACAAGUCGAGUUAAGCUACCGGCAAAUUAAAACAAUCUUGGAGAGGACCGUAGAAACUACAAGAAAAGGAUUGGGCAUUGCAAUCGAAUGACGCUCUUUAGGCCUAUCGCACAACAUAUAAGACUCCUAUUGGUAUGAGCCCAUAUCGACUUGUUUUUGGCAAGGCUUGCCACUUACCGGUUGAAUUGGAGUAUAGGGCCUACUGGGCAAUUAAGCGACUGAAUUUUGAGAUGAAGGCUGGAGACAUGAGGAAGAUGCAAGUGAGUGAACUAGAUCAGCUACGGAAUGAAGCCUAUGAAAAUGGGAAGAUCUAUAAGGAAAGGACCAAGCUUUAUCAUCAUAAAGCGAUUCAACUUUACACUGGUUAUGAAAGUUUUGCUUUGUAACUCAUGUUUGAAGCUUUUUCCAAGUAAACUAAGGUCCAAAUGGACGGGUCCAUUCACAAUGAAGCUAGUGUUUCCUUAUGGUAUGGUCAAAAUUGAGAACAAGAGGAUUGGGUAUAAGUUUAAAGUCAAUGGUAAUCGCUUAAAACUUUACUUUGAAGACCCCUCGAGAGUCGUGGAUUCGGUACCAAUGUUUGCAUUCUAUCUUUGCCUUGCAAUUGAAGGACAAUGUUUAGUUUAGGUUUGGGGGUGUGGAAUUGACUUUUUUGUGUGUUUUUGUUCAUUUUAGCAUUUUCCUUUUUAGUUCUCUGUUUUUCUGUCUAAAAUAACGUGAGGUUUAUGUUUGCUUAAAACUGUCUUUUCUA